AUGUACAAUUUCAGGUUUUUGGUUUUGUUUGGUCUGCUGGCUCUAAGCCAUGCCAAGCCAGAAGGUUACUCCUACCCAAGACCACAAAUAUUACCUCAACCUGCAAUCUUGCCACAACAAAAUCAACCCCUUCAACGACUCACCUUGCACCAAGGCCAGCAAAGCUCAUCUUUCCAACAAAGCUUACCAAUCGUCCAAGAAUCUCAACCACUUCAACUUAGCUUGAACCAAGGCCAUCAUCAACACAGCGAACAAGGAUAUUCUUACCAGCAACCACAACCCCAACUGCACGUACAACCACAACCUCAGUUUAACGUACAACAACCCCAGCCACAAUUUCAUGUGCAGGUUCAACAACCUCAACCACACUUCACCGUGCAACAACAGCAACCACAAUUUAAUGUGCAACAACAACAGCCACAGUUUAACGAGCAAGUUCAACAACCUCAGCCACAGUUUACCGUGCAACAACAACAGCCACAGUUUACCGAGCAAGUUCAACAACCUCAGCCACAGUUUACCGUGCAACAACAACAACCACAAUUCAAUGUGCAGCUUCAACAACCACAACCUCAAUUGAAUGUGCAAAUUCCCGUGCCACAAGCAAACCUCAACAAUUUCCAGGCGUCGCUACAAGAAAGCCUGCCACAAAUCCCAAUCCAGCCCCAAGUACAAUUCACUCAAGUCGAACAAAACAGUGGUUCGUUCCACCAAAAUUCCUUGCCUGAAAAUAAUUUACUUGUAAACUCUCAACAAGAUUUAUCAGGAGGUUUUGGCCAAAACAAUUUCGCCGAGCAACAGGCAAGUUUGGUUACCAAGCACAUUUCAAUUCACGUGGCACCAGAAGAUCCAGAAGAAGUUCCCCAAGUCCAUGCCCAACCGUUGCCAGCGAGGAAAAACUACAAAAUCAUCUUCAUCAAAGCGCCAACUGUAGGCUUGAGCCGGUCUCAAAUCGUUGCCCAACAACAGCAAGUUCACGAAAAAACUUUGGUUUACGUUUUGGUUAACAAGCCUCACGAAUCUGAGUUGGUACUACCAACACCUGAACCAGCUCCAGUGUCCAAACCUGAAGUGUACUUUAUCAAGUACAAAUCUAGGAACGGUAACGGGCCUUCAUUGGUCGAAGGUGGAGAUUCUUCUGCAUCGGGACCAACCGGUGCUGGUUUGCCAAUUGUUGAAGAUAUUGCCAGAGGACAAGGACUGGUGAAUAGCGGCGAGAGUUCCAGCUCGUUGUUUUCUGGUGGGUUAUCUAGAGGACCAAGCGCUCAAUAUGGAGUACCCGGUUAUCAAAAAAGAAGUACCCAAAAGUGA